UGACUUCAGCGCGGAGGGCGCGGGCGGGAGGGCGCGGGAGGAGCCUGGAAGGGGAGUGUCCGGGAGGCUCGCCGCCCAGAAAGCCGGAGAGCCAGAGGGAAACCGACGCCGGCGCUGACAUGGGCCUCCAGCCCCGGUGCCGCUCGGAGCCCACGGAGGGGACAGCGCAGCCACGCCGGCCCGGCGCUCGCGUCUCUGGGGACCCAGCCCUAUGAUCUCCUCCACGUCACCCCCUCUACCCGCCGGACUUGAGAUCUGACCCCCCAGCCGCCUGCUGUGCCCCCGGGAGCUCCCCCGUCAUCCCCCGAGCAAGAUGCCUAUCCUCAAGCAGCUCGUGUCCAGCUCGGUGCACUCCAAGCGCCGCUCCCGCGUGGACCUCACGGCCGAGAUGAUCAGCGCCCCCCUGGGCGACUUCCGGCACACCAUGCACGUGGGCCGGGCCGGGGACGCCUUCGGGGACACCUCCUUCCUCAACAGCAAGGCCGGCGAGCUGGACGGUGAGUCCCUGGACGAGCAGGCCGCCUCCUCGUCCUCCAAACGCAGCCUCCUAUCCCGGAAGUUCCGGGGCAGCAAGCGGUCGCAGUCGGUGACCAGGGGGGACCGGGAGCAGAGGGACAUGCUGGGCUCCCUGCGGGACUCGGCUCUGUUCGUCAAGAAUGCCAUGUCCCUGCCCCAGCUGAACGAGAAGGAGGCGGCCGAGAAGGGCUCUGGCAAGCUGCCCAAGAGCCUGUCGUCCAGCCCCGUGAAGAAGGCGAGCUCCGGGGAGGGCGGCCAGGAGGAGGUGGGCGAGGGGGAGCUUGGGCCCCGGCGGAACGGGGCGGCCGCCCCCCACUCCCCGGACCCCCUCCUGGACGAGCAGGCCUUCGGGGACCUGACAGAGCUGCCCAUCGUGCCCAAGGCUGGCUUGGGGCUCAAGCACGCCGAGUCCAUCAUGUCCUUCCACAUUGACCUGGGACCCUCCAUGCUGGGCGACGUCCUCAGCAUCAUGGACAAAGAGGAGUGGGAACAGGAGGAGGAGGAUGGCGGUUACCAUGACGACGGGGACGCAGCACCACACAGCACCCUGCAGGCUCCCCUGACUGCGGCGGCGGCAGAGGCGGUGGCGGCGGCGGCGGCAGUGGCCCCCCCAAGGGCCAGGCAGGAGGGCGCGGCCGGCCCGGACCUGCCCCAGGACGAGGGGUGGGCGGCGGCCCCCAGCCCCAGCUCGGCCCGCAGUGAAGGCAGCCACACCACGCGGGACAGCAGCUCCCUGUCCAGCUGCACCUCGGGCGUCCUGGACGAGCGCAGCCCAGUCCCCCGGGGCCCCGAGAGGGCCCGGGCCCCACUGUCCCGGCAGCCCGACAAGGAGUUCUCCUUCAUGGACGAGGAGGAGGAUGAGGAGAUCCGCGUGUGAGGGGCUCCCUGCCUCCCUGCCCCCAAGCCACCACCCCCCUUCCCUGCCCCGUCCCCUGUGCAGGGCAGCCAAGAGCCCGGCUUAGGUCGCAGACCCUGGACCUCCCGGACGAGAGGCGCUGGUGGGGGCCGUGGGGAGCUGGCCAGGGCUGCAGGGAGCACCCAGCCCUUCUGAGCACUGUGGGACAGGCGGGGGCUGACAGAAGGAACCGGCUGACCCUUUCCUCUCCUCGCAUUCCUCCUGUGACCGGUGGCUUGUGGCAGGAGGAAUGGUGGUCCCAGGCCCCCAGCACCCCCCUGUCCCUCAUCCCAGGUUCAUGCACCACAAGCCUGGAGCCCCUCGGAGCAAAGCCGGACCGAAUGUGUGCACUAAACGCAGUCCCUUCUAGGGGAAGAGAACAGGAUGGGGAACGAAAGGAGGCCUCAGGCUUCUGGAAUUUUCUAGAAGGGGCUCUUCCAGGAAGACACUAGAAAUAGGUUGGGCACUGGCUUCAACAUUGAUUUGUUUGUUCUUGUCAGGUUUAAAUCCUUCCAGAGUGGUAUCUGGAACAGUGUUGUUGUUAGGUCUGCUGCCAGAAGGAAAAUCAAAUCCUUUUUAGAAAACCUUUAAACUAAGUGCUUCCAAACUUUAUUUAGAACCUGUGGGGCGGGUGUCCGCACUCGUCUGUCCCUCCUCCUGCCCCAUAGCUAUUAACAGUUGAAGGCAGCCAGUAUAGAAAGUUCCUGGAAAAUGACUUUUUAAAAAAUAAUAUAUCAUUCCUAUGGAGGGAUAAAAGCUUUUUUGACUGGAUCUCCCCCCCC